AUGUGCAUCUAUUUGCGUAAUAGAGCGUGGGCUCGUCAGGGCUCGACUCCAUACCUCCCCAAUUUGUAUCUACGUUCUGAGUUCAGUAUGAUGUCCGGUGCUCUGAUGCGACCACCCAAUAAUAAACUGCAGCUGCUCAAAGUCCAUGUGCGUCACAGUGCCGCUCGCACAGAUGACAGCAGCGUGAAGCCCACGAGCAGGGGGUCGGGCAGCCGGUCCAAAUAUAGCGCGUGCCAGUCUGAGUAUGGAAUGUCGCCGGGAAACUCCCCGCUGAAUACGGAGCGAUGUUCCGGAGAUGGAUCACGCCCUUGUCGUGCCAGGAGACCCCAAACCCUUGCAAGCGCCAUAGAAACAGAACAAGAUGAUCACCAUGACAACCAGGCGGACCAGCAGAAAUGGAGUGGGAAGCAGGGACAGUCCAGAAAAAGUCUCAAGGGGUUGGAGGGGCCUGGUAACCAUGGUGACAGGCAAGCCUGUGCUGAAGAGGAGGAAGUCAAAACCAAAGAGGGAGAGACAGUGAAAAAGCCAAGUCUGUCCAAAGAGCCCAGUUUGGAGUACACAGAUUCUACAGGCAUCGACUUGCAGGAGUUUUUAAUUAAUACCCUAAAGAGCAGCCCAAGAGACAGGUUGAUGCUGCUGAAACUGGAGCAAGACAUGAUUGACUUUAUCACCGACAAUAACUCAUAUAAGAAGUUCCCUCAGAUGUCAUCGUACCACAGAAUGCUGGUGCACAGAGUGGCCGCAUACUUUGGGAUGGAACACAACGUGGACCACAGUGGGAAGGCCGUCAUUAUCAACAAAACCUGCAACACUAGGAUACCAGAGCAGAGGUUUGCUGAUCAUGUUCAGGAGGAGAAAACUGAGGAGAGGAGAUCAAUACUGAAGAGAGACAGUAGCCAGGAGAAAGAAGACAACCAGCAAAGGUUGCAGUGUGUGAGAGAAGACAGGAGGAGUAAGUCCAUAGAGGAGAGGGAGGAGGAGUACCAGAGAGUCAGAGAACGCAUCUUCUCUCAGGAUUCUGUGUUUCCUCAUGAGAAUAUUUACAUUGAGACCAGGGGUAUGGAGGACAGUAACCUGUACAAUGAGACGCAGAAACGGAGACAGCUUUUCAGGGGUAACCGGGAUGGUUCUGGUCGUCUAUCAGGCAGCCGACAGAGCAGUUUUGAGCUGGACUCUCGUUGGGGCGACCCACGACCCUGGAGCAGCACUGAUUCUGACAGCUCCAACUGGACCUCCAAACCCACACACUCCCUCUCGGACAGUAGCACAAAGCUCUCAAAAAUAGGGUCCGAGUCGUCCAAUAGCAAAAGUGUCUCUAUGACAAGAGCCCUGCCCACUGGUAGCCCCACCUACAUCUUAGUCCCAGCAGAAUCAUCCAUACCCCCUGGGAGUAUAUUACUGAAUCCACAAACAGGGCAACCUUUUUUGAAUCCUGAUGGGACACCCGCUGUUUACAACCCUCCUGUUAACCAGCAGCCAAUCAGAGAGUCACAGCAGCCAGCAGCCUCACAACCACACACACAGCACCAAAUCACAGGCCACACUCUUCCUCAGGUCCAGUGUUCCUCAGUGACCUACCUUCCUCCCGGGCAGCAGGGCCUGACUGUGCCUGGCUCUCAGUACUACUCUGCAAGGGAGGAGCUCUGCUCUCAGUUUGGUCACAUGUCACUGAGCCGUCAAUCGUCAGGUGAAGCUCCUGACCCGCCCCCCUAUUACCAGACUGGUGCCCCACCCACACAAGGAUACACCACAAUGCAACAGUGUUAUGCCCCGCCUAUCUCCACAGAUUGCUACGUGAGCUCAGGAAUAGCAGUGGCUCCACCCGCAGCCCCGCCCCCUCAGAACUGUAGUCAGCAGAGCACUCAGGCAUCAGUGUAUUACUCAUCUGGUCAGUGUCCUAGCUCCUAUCAGCAGUAUGGACCAGCAAACUACAACACUCACACAGGGUACCCCACUGUCCUAACCAAUCAGCAGCAAGCUUACCCGAGCAUGAUGGGAACUCAGCCCCCAUCCCACUCACAGCAGUGUAUGAUGGGAACUUACACACCCAUGCCAUCCUAUCAGGUGUCUCAGCAGCAGCAGCCCUACCCGUCGGGUGUGAUGUUGUGUGGGCAGGCUGGGCAGAGCCAGGGGGCGGGGCAGAGCCAGGGGGCGGGGCCGGUCCACUGCAGCACCAUGCCUCCCUCUUCUCCUAACCUGCACAGCAUGCUGGGGAUUACCUGCCCCUCCAACACCUGCAGGAACACCUAUGCCAGCAGCAAAAACCCCAGCUGGUUCUAA